CGUGGAUGAGACCAGCUGGGUCUGACUGCCUGAUCUUCCUGCUCCAACGACGUCGCCCUGCAGACAACAAUUUCCACCGUCUUUUUUCUUUUUCUCCUGUGACUCAACCGGCCUGGCGUGCAGACGGUCGUCCUUUUCUCCCCCGUUCGUGCCAGACCACGCAGCUUGUGCCUGUGAAGUCGCCCUCCCCGCCACCGACCGCGCUGUCCUUCCCUUCCCUGCCGCGGCGGUCCACUACGACCUCGUCCGAGCGAUUCACCUCAGCUACGACGAGUCAGACGGGCGACCUUGCACGAUCCAUCCACCUUGAGGACACCUCUGCUGCCUGUCGGAGAUAUCUCAUUCCCCCAGGCACAGCCGUAUUUGAAUCUGGCAGCAGCCCCCUCGCGAGCCGCUCUGACGACAUCUUCUCGACUCCCUCCGAUCUGAACCCCGCCUCGAUCUUCUCCUUUGAGCCGCCGUGACCCCUCUGUCCGCAGACAGAUCAUGGCUACCAAGAUGGCUGCCCCGAGCCAGAUGCCCCCGAUACCGAACCGGGAGGAUAUCGGAGCAACAUGGACCUAUCUUCAAGCCGGCAUCGCGCGUAUCAUGAACGACCUCGAGCAAGGCAUCGAUAUGCAGAUGUACAUGGGUGUCUACACUGCCGUCCACAACUUCUGCACAUCACAAAAGGCGGUUGGCCUAAAUGGACCCGCCAUGCACUCUAACCACCGAGGAG